AUGAGCAAGGCUUUGGGUGAGGCUCAGUCCAGUGGAGAUAUGGCAAAGAGUAGUAGAACUAGUUCUAGUGGGUCCGCGAGGAACGAAGAGAGCAACAGUCCACCUGGUAGUGUGAGUAAGAAAAGAACAAAGGCCUCCAGGGCGUGUGAUCAAUGUAGGAAACGAAAAAUUAAAUGUGAUUUCAGUGAAGAGAAGGGGAUCUGUACUAGUUGUUCUAAAAAUGCAGAUAGGUGUGCAUUUGAUAGGGUACCUCUUAAAAGAGGACCUUCGAAAGGAUAUGUUAGGGGCCAUUCGCGAACAAGAUCUGUCACCAGUCAGCAGGAUGGCACAGAUGUGCCAUCUCCUCCUUCGAGGUCUAAUUCUGUGCUUUUACCGCCUUUGGCUCAGUAUCUACCCCAGCCUGGAGCGAAAAGUGCGACAGCAGCUACCGCUGCUCCAACCACGACAGUAAAUGCAAGUAUGGGCCAGCAGCAGUUUUGGAAAGUACCGUAUCAUGAGUUUCCUAAUCAGAGACGAGGCUCCAUCGAUUCUUUGCAAAGUGAUCUGUCUGUUGGGAAAGGAGUGAGCGAACAGUUGUUGUAUACCACGCCCACUGGUUCACAAAAUCUGCAAUCUGCAAAUCCAGCCACUGGCAAUAAUGAUUUUGCAAAUGGCUAUUGGUCGUUCAUACGAAACUCAAACUCAGUAGUAGCACCAGAAGAGUUUGCAGAGAUUAGAAGAAAAUCGGGUUCUUUCCCCCCGCUAUUGAGACACCCAUCAAAUGCAAGUAUAUCACAACAGCAGCAGCAGCAGCAGCAGCAGCCGUCUGCUAAUACGCUAUAUCCAUAUUCUCAGUUUACACAACAGCAACCACCACAGGGCAAGACAUCCAUGUCAUCUUUUGGACAGUUCGGCUCCAAUGGGUUUGAAUCCAGAAACGGAUCUAUCGCCAGUGAAGGUAUGUCGCCCAGUGCACCAGGGAUAUAUCAGAGUGGUCCAAUGACGCAAUCAACCAGCAAUAAUCCAAAAGCAGUUACUACAACAGCACCCUCACAGCCAUUAGACAGAGCUGAUAGUGUGAGUAGUGGAACUCCUAGCAAGAAUUCAAAGAGGCGAAAGAGGAAUAUUUCGCAAAGACGUGGCCAAAGAGCAGAUAGUAAUGUUUCGAUGACUUCGGAAAACUCCUCAAUACGACCUCCAUCAUGUGAAAGUAGUUAUGGAAAACCGACAAUCAUUUAUGGACAAAUCUCUGACGUCAACCUGAUAGACACGUACUAUGAAUUCAUUCAUGUUGGUUUCCCAAUCAUCCCAUUGAAUAAAAAGACUUUGACCAAUGAGAUUCUACUAAUAAACACACAACCAAUCUCUACGAUCCAUGAGAUUAACAAUUACGUGAUUUUGUGGUUCAGAAACGCGUUGGAGCUACUCGUUCGCAUCUCACUCAAGAAAAGGUAUAACCAGUUUUUUGAAGCUCCUCGUAACGACAAUGAGAAUAAUGAAUUUGAAAACUCAGGCGAUAAUACGAAAAAGCGUGAAAGUAAUGAGAAUGAUGACUUUCUCGAAAACAAGGCUUUAUUCAUAUCGGCAUUGAAUGAGUGUUUGCAAAAAAAUGUCGAUAUUCAUCCUAAGUUCAGAGAGAAUAGGCAAGAAAUUUCGCCAAAGAUCGAAAUAAUUUACCUUUCCACUUUCAUUUUAUUGAACUAUAUUCUUGCAUUUGUUGGUUAUGAUAACUCAUUCGUCCUCGGGAUGUCCGUUACCAUCUUUAAAGAAUUCAAAGUCUUUGAACAGUUCAUAUGGGGGGAUAUCCAGGACCAGUACGAUGAAAUGUCCAUCGCUUUCAAGAGAUUGUAUUUCUCCCUCGUAAUUUUUGAUUCUUUACAAAGUUGCUGCUACGGUGGUGCUAAACUUCUGAACGUACCAAUACAAGGUGCCACGGAGAAAUUAUUCAAAAGAGAUCCUGAGAAUUCCAAAUGGGAUAUCGAUGAGGAUCCAUUCGAGAUCAAGUGCAUUUUACAAACUUUAAAACUGGGUGAACUCAUUACUGAUUUUGUUAGUAAUAGGAGAUCAGUCUGUGAUGUAACCGGUCAGAAACUUCUUUGGGAACCAAACGAGUGCUUCAAUUUCAUGCAACAAUCCAAUGUCGAUGAACCUCUAACGACAGUACAAAUAUUCCACGAUUUUUUAUUAAUCAAAAAUGAGUUUACGAACAAGCUUUUAUCCAUUCAGGACUCACAAAGAUCACCGUUAGAUCUUUGCAUGUCACUUACCAACUCCCUAUGCACUCUAAUUUCACUGACGCUACGAAUCUUAACGCUGAUAAUGAAACUCAACCCUACGAACCGAAUAGACUACAAUUAUAGACCAACAGCUCCGACGGGGAAUGAACCUGUGAGCAAAAAUAGUACAGGAUCCAUUCAACAAACUAAACUAGCCAUCAAUCGCAACGGGAGCGAUUUCUACCAGAAACUAUUGGGUUUACAACAGAACAAAGAGAGUGGUUAUUCCGAGAUUCUCAAGGGUGUCAUCUCGCCAUACAGCAUCGCGAUCCUGCACGAGAUCCGAAACACAAACGAACUGCUACAGCAGAUGCCUACAUCGCUUAUCGGGAUUGUGAUGACCAUUCCUGCAAACCCAGAGCGCGAAGAUCAAGCAAAAUCACAAGAACUUGUGGUGAAACUAUCUAACUCGAUGAACGAAGUAGUGCAAAUCACAAGCCUAUUGAAUCUGAUUAAACCAGUCAAGAUGUGCGAGCAGGACGCGUCUACUAUGUCUUCUUGGCGGUAUCUUGCCGACAAAGAUGACACACUGUCGAUCAUGCAAAGACUGUACAAAUACAGAACGCAGCAAACACAAAUACAGCCGCAAGACAAUAAGGACGCAACUACAAAAGCCCAACCUACUGCUCUCGACAAUCUCACCGAGGUCGGUUGGAAACUUCUAGACGACAAAGAACUCGGUUGGUUCUAA